CCGACAGCCAACACUUCACACCCAAGAGGACGAGAGGCAAGAGGACAGGCCCUUCCCGUCUGAUCUCGGCUUGAUAUGUCGGGGAGGACGCUUCGUCCUGCAGCAGCUUCUUCUGCGUGCAGUCUCGUCACCAAGCACAACGAGGGAGCCACCGACACCGGCCUGCCUUUCGAGACCCCGAAAAAAUGGGCACCUCUGCAAGCACCUCCGAAAGUUAUUGCUGCUCCCGUUGCCUUUGCCACGGAUGAGUUCGCCGACUUUGGUUGGCCGGGGGACGAUGAGACUAAAUUGGCCGAAAAGGAAGAGCUCGAUGACCUUCUGCGCCUAGGACUAGAGCUCGGAGAUCUGGAGUGCGUGUUCGGCAACACAGAUCUGAACUGCGAUACAGCAGAUGAUGACGCCGAAGAAGGCGAUUUCGAAAAUGCGGGUGAUGGUGGAAGCGACAGAGGAGGGGGGUGGGGCAAGGAGCCGUACUUCGCGGGAGGUGCAACCGAGGAGCUGUUGCUAGAUACUGAUGAUGGGGGCGGCAAAGACGGGGGGUGGGGCAAGGAGCCGUACCUCGAGGGAGGUGCUACCGAGGAGCUGCUGCUAGACGCUGAUUUGCAAGAUGCACUGUUCGAUUUGCCAGACCUCGAUUUGGACCGCCUCGAAGACAAGGGGGACCGCGGACAGGAAAAGCACGGGUGCGGCAGCGACAGCCCGAAGAGCACGCAAGUCGACUGCGGUGCCGAGGAGGCCGCCACCAAGCCCCCCCCGGACCUCGAGGUCCUCCAGCAAAUGUCCCCCGCGCCCUCCCCGCCCGCAGCAACCGCCGCCGCCGCGGCAGCCACGGGCUCGGCAACGUUAGCGGUCGCCCCGGCCCCGCCGUCCCCGGCGGAACUCCCCCGGCGGGAGACGCCCGGCGCGCUUCCGGGAGAAAACCUUGUCGUUGCUUUCGACGCCGUCGGGGACGAACACCGCCCGAUCACCGUGGUGGACCUCACCGAUGCGCCCGCGCCUGCUCCGGCUCCGACGGUGGACGCGGGAGGCGUCGCGCCGUCUGACUCGGAGGACAAUAGCGACGGAAAACCUGACGGCGCCAACGAGCACCGCGAAAGCCGGGCUUGUCGGAUGACGGACACCGUCGACAUCACCAUCAUCGAUACUCGAGCGGGUGCCUCUGUUUCGGCGGAUGCCGUUGCCGGGGUGCCCACGCGCCUUCUCGACGCGGUCGAUCUAUGGGAGAGCGCUGCAAACGCCAAGAAGAAGAAAAAGAAGGCCGCCGCCGCCGCGGCGGCGGCGGCUCGUGAGCGAGCAAACCGGUCAGCGGCGAUUAACAAGCCCAGCAACACCGCCACCAGCAGCAGCAGCAGCAGCAGCAGCAAGAAGAAGAACGAGUUCGGCAAGCGGCGCCGAAGCAGCGGCGGCGGCGGCCGCACUGCGCCGGCUCUGGAGGACCCCGCGCUGCUAGUCGCCGCCCCCGCUACGGGCACCAGCACCACCACCGGCGGCGACGGCGGUUCAGCUAGCAAGGUCAAAGGGAAGGGGAAGGGGAGGGCGACCAAGGGCAAGAAGGUGGACCCCCUGGUGACCCUUCGAGACGCGAGGGGCAUGGCGAGGAAGCCGCUGAUCGUACAGUGGCUCAAGUCGGACGGCUGCGAGAGCGACGAGGAGGCAGAGGCCGCGUUGGGCAAGGCCGUUGGGAGCCUCUCGGCGAUCUCCCGGUACUGGGGGAGCGGGGGCUGAGCUGGCCAGGGUGUCAAGUGUUGCGUAAGAAUAAGCGCUUUUGGCGGAGGGAGGGUAAUCAUAGUAGUGGAUGGCGUAGGCCAUUGACCUCGCAUCUCUACGUAGCUGGGACGGAGCACGCACGCCGGAUUGUCACGGGACAAGGGGGGGAGGGGGGUUGUAACGUGGCGGCAGCGUCUAUCCAUGUCGUCUCAAUAGAGCUGGCGAGGCUCCUUUGGCUCGGGUAUGUGUGGACACGUGUCUAGGGAGCAGGGACUUAAUGACGGCCUGGACGACCUGAGCAAGAGGGGUUUUCUAUGGACGAACACCUCGACGAUAAGGCAUGUAAAUAAUGCUAUUGAGGGUGUUUUCGUGUGGGCAGCGGUAUCCGAGCAAGCCGCCGCGAGGGGCAAAUACAAGCGUGCUCCCCGGCUCUUGUGGAAGCGUUGGGGGGAAGCACUUAGGCCCUUCGUCGGCAAGUUGUAGUGAGUGAGAUUUGUCACCCCGCGGGGCCAGUGGGGAGGGGUUUUAUUUUAUUGCAUGUAGUGUUCUCUUGAAGAGUCUUGGGGUCUGCUGUAGCCCGCGGGAUUUGAGGGCAAAGCUUGUAAAGAUGGAUCGUUUUGAUGUGUAUAGGCGUAGGCGGCAUUGGAUUCAGCACCCUUGAGAGGAUGUUGGAGGAACACGUUUGGGUAUUUCCGUGCUAAUAGUCUCUGUGCUUUAGGUACAGACAUGCUUGACCUGCGAUUGGUGUCGCAGCUGGCGUCGUCAAUUGUUGAGCUGGGGGGGCAAAGUACGUCAGCCUUGUCGUCCCCACAAGAGGAACAGAUGAACCCACAGCCACGUCCCGGCGUGCACGCAACGUGAAGAGAAAUAAAACACAUGCGGUACGG